UAUCUUUGUACAAAGUUUGAAGUGGUUGAACUAAAACUUUUCCCCAAAAAUACAAACGACCCCUUAACCUUCCACACUAAAGAAAAUCACCCCAAUAAUUUCUCAACUUAUAGUCUUAUUUACAGACACCAUAGCUAACAAAGCUAUGGCUCCUUCUCCUUCUCCUCCUCCACAAGAUGAUUUUAGCUUCCCAACAAUCACCAAUACACCGCCACGUUUCCUUGAAUCACCACCUUUAUGGCGAGCAACGUCAGUUGCUUCCAGACGCCUCGAAAAAAACCAUACAAGUGAUCAUAAUAUUGCAUAUUCUACGAAAGGAGAAGAUCAUGAAGAAAAUUUGGACAUGUCUCCAUUUAUUUCCAAUAAGGCCAACUGCAUUAAUUACCAAAGAAAGAGUUUCUCAUACAUAGAAGGUGCUGCUGCCAUGAAGAGAAUGAAUAUUGAAGAAGAUGAAGAAGAAGAGGAGAAAAUGGACAUGUUAUGGGAGAAUUUGAAUGAAGAAAUAUCCAACAAAAUUAUGACAAGGAAUACUUGUGGGAAAGAUACAGAUAAGGUGGAACCUAAAUGUAUUAAAUCUUUGAAUCUUUCCAAAGCAAGCAAAAGGCCAAGCUUAGUGGUUCUCAUCAAAGUCUUGAAAAAGGUGUUCUUGUAAUUUCAUACUUAGCUUCUCCAACUUCAUUCAAUAAAACUUAGCUUUGAUCAAUACUUUG